UUAAAAAAAAAAAAAAAACUCUCCUCUGCAAAUUAAAGGGAUUAAGUACUUUCAAAAACCAAGACUUAAUGGUGUUCUUCAACAUUCAUUGUUGUCGGUUGUUGUUAAUUUUUAUUUUGUAUUUUGUAUCAAUGGCAAAUCUGUCACUUCUGGCAUCUUGAUAUAUUACCUUUCUAAGCUGUUGAAUUACUGCCUCUGUUUUAUUUUACACUUAACAGGCCCAUUUCUUUCACUCUUCUCCCGUAGGUCCUCUUCUCACCUUCUCAUCUCUGGGUGUCUCUCCUGUUGUCUUUCCAUACUAACUUCUGGCUCAUUUCUUUUCUGAAGACUGGGCAGGGCUUUUGAUCAAAGUGUGUCUGGAGGUGAACAGAGAUAUAAAUGAAUGCAGCGCUGACAAUGGUGGCUGUCAGGACCAAUGCUGUAAUACAAUUGGCAGUUAUUACUGCAAGUGUCAAGCUGGCCAGAAGCUGGAGGAAGAUGGCAGAGGAUGUGGAGAUGUCGAUGAAUGUGCGGUGGUGAAUGGAGGCUGCCAGCAGCGCUGUAUUAACACUCUGGGCACCUUCCACUGUGAAUGUGAUACAGGAUACAGACUCCAUGCUGAUGAACGCACCUGCAUAACGAUGGACCCCUGCACAGGUGGGAAUGGAUGUGCCCACAUCUGUCAGAGCGAGAAUGGCGUGGCCAGGUGUGCCUGUCACCCAGGGUACCAACUGUCUGAAGACAAAAAGGCCUGUGCAGACAUAAACGAGUGUGCUGAAAGGCUUGCUCCCUGCAACCAUCGCUGUGUGAACACAGUGGGAUCUUUCACUUGUGCCUGCCAACCUGGUUUUGAGCUGGGAGCUGAUGGAAAACAGUGUUACAGGGUUGAAUUGGAAAUUGUCAAUAGCUGUGAAAAGAACAAUGGUGGUUGUUCCCAUCACUGUGAACAUGCAGUUGGGGGGCCAUGCUCCUGUAACCAUGGAUACCGGCUCGAUUCAGAUGAGAAAACAUGCAUAGGUGAAUUUCUCUGCAGUGUUGUAAUAUUUGGUAUAUUGGCCAAUACCUUGAUGAGUGUGACACUGGAGAAGCCUGCUGUGCCCAGUUCUGCAUCAACUAUUCAGGAGGCUAUUAAUGCAGUUGUCAGGAAGGCUUUCAGAUCAGUUCUGAUGGUUGUGGAUGUGAUGAGUGAGCCAAGAGAUGAUUAUAUGGCGAGAAUAUACAUACUUGGGUACACACAUCCAAAUGGAAAAGAUGUGGAUGAGUGUCUGGAUGUCAGUAUCAUCUGUGACCAACUAUGCAUCAAUUCUGUUGGAACCUAUGAGUGUUCUUGUGAGGAAGGCUACCGAAUUGGAAGUGAUGGGAAAACUUGCAUCUCAUGUGGAAUCCAGGCAUUUCUCUGUGUGGUCUUAGCUUUAGAUGAUGAACUAGAGGAAGAAGAAGAAUUAGACAUUGUGAGAUUUCUGGGUCUUCUAUUCAAGAGCCCACCUCAACUGCUUCCUUAUGUGGCCCCCUCUCUGCCUCUCUCCGAUGAAGAUGAAGACAAUGAGGAAGAGAGACAAGAUAUUCUAGAAGAACUGACUGAUUUGCACAGUGUUGUUUGUUUAGAUCACACCUUCGGACAUGACUGCAGUUUGAGUUGUGAGGACUGCAUGAAUGGAGGCCGGUGCCAGGAAGGAAAGAGUGGGUGUUCCUGUCCCGAUGGCUGGGGAGGCAUUCUUUGUAAUGAAACUCGUUCCCCAGAGACCAGUGUGGGAGAGUAUGAUGACAUCUGUGAUUGUCAGAAUGGAGGCACCUGUGACCCUCUGACUGGGCGAUGCAAGUGCCCCCCAGGGGUUCAUGGGAAAACCUGUGGAGACGGAUGCCCAAAAGGAUUCUUUGGGAAGAAUUGCAAAAGGAAAUGUAACUGUGCCAACAAUGGCCAUUGCCACAGGAUAUAUGGAGCCUGUGUGUGCGAGCCAGGGCGCUAUGGGAGGUUUUGUCAUUUGAACUGUCCCAAGGGGGUCUACGGAGCUGGCUGCUCUUCAGAAUGUCAGUGCGUGGAGGAGAACACCCUGGAAUGCAGUGCCAGAAAUGGCAGUUGCACCUGCAAAUCUGGUUACCAAGGCAACAGAUGCCAGAGAGCCUGCCCUGAUGGCCUCUGGGGACCAGCAUGCCAAUUCUUCUGUGGACCCUGUGAGAAUGGAGGUCAGUGCAACAAAGAAACUGGAACCUGUGACUGUCUUCCUGGUUACAUGGGAAAAGCCUGUACCCUAUCUUGUCCACCAGGCACCUACGGGAAGGACUGUAAACAGGUAUAUCAGUGUUCAGCUGAGAAUGAGGAGUGUCACCCAGUCACAGGGAGAUGUACCUGUCUGCCUGGCUACCAUGGAAACCGCUGUCAUCUCAGAUGUCCAAAAGGCACUUAUGGCCCUUAUUGCCGAAGGAAGUGUAAGUGCCUGAAUGGUGGUAGCUGUGAUACCAUGAUUGGCACCUGUGACUGCCUUCCUGGCUUCAUCGGGGCUAACUGUAGUCAAACUUGUCCCGAAGAUUACUAUGGGCAGGACUGUGUCCAGCGGUGUUCUUGUGUCUCAGGACAGUGUGACCCAGUGACUGGAAGGUGCCAGUGUCCACCUGGCCAAAUGGGAGCCAGGUGUCAGCAAGUAUGUCCUCCAACAAAAUAUGGCCCAAAUUGUGAACUACAAUGCACCUGUAAAAAUGGUGGCCUUUGCAAUCCUGUAGAUGGAAGCUGUACCUGUCCCCUUGGAUGGACAGGAGAUUAUUGUGAAAAAGAAUGUUUUCCUGGUUAUUAUGGUCCAGGCUGCCAUUUUAAUUGCACAUGUCAGAACAAUGGAGUUUGCAGUAGGUUUUCUGGAAGAUGUGAAUGCCUCCCUGGUUACUACGGAAGGGACUGUGAACACGCAUGCCUUCCUGGAUUUUAUGGUUUGAAUUGUGCUCACAUCUGUGACUGCAAAAAUGGAGCCAAUUGUGAUGCAGCCAGUGGACAGUGCAUUUGCCCAGCAGGUUUCCAUGGCAACCAGUGUGAAAAAGAAUGCAGGUCAGGCCAGUACGGACCCAACUGCUCUUUGAAGUGCCAAUGUGUCCACACGGCUCACUGUGACCCUCUUAAUGGGCGCUGCAAUCGCCCGCCAAACAGAAUGGGUCCAACCUGUGAGGAAAAUGGUUUGGAUGAUCCUCAAUAACCAAAUGCUAACAGCUUUUCAGUGGAUGAAUAGAAUUUUGCUGAGGUUCACCCAUGGUUCAUCUUCUUAACUUUGGCAGAGAAAUGUACUUAUUCAACCAUCUUCGGCCCAGCCUCGCCUGUUGUGAGGUGAAAGACAGGACGUCUCAACUUUAUGGCCUCCAAGCACAAGUUCCAUUCUCUAGGCUACCCUUCCCAACUUCCUUUCGCUGAAGAACAUGCCCAAGGAAAAGAGAAUGUUUUUUCAAGGUCCCAAAUCAUAGUAACAUUUUGGACUAAUAAAUGAAACUCUUUUUUUAUAUGCACAGGAGGUAUUUAAAUUUGGAAGUAAGAACUGCUUUUCAGUUCAGGUUGGACUGCACUGAAAUAUUCACACCUAUUCACUGAAGACCUCAGUGACCAUUAAGUAGCUGGAUCCUCUUUAGAAAUGUCUAGAAUUUCAUCUAUUUAUUCUCGGUAUCCUGCUUCACAGCUAAGUCAGCUUCAGAUUGUUAAUGUAUUGUAUUUCAAACAUGACUUUUGGUGUGGGAGGCUAUUAAGACUUUAGCCACAUAAAGAUCAGGGUAAAAGUAUGACGUGCAGACUUAACAAUGAAUCAUCAAAAUGUUUAGUGGUGUUCUCCUCAUCACUGGUCAGCAGACAGGAAGAAAAAGUGAGUACAACUGAUCAAGGCAAGUGCUUAGCCUGCUCCACAGAUUUCCCAUGGAGCAGGACCUGAUUGGAAGUAAACUUUUAAUCCACACUGUAAUCUUGACCCAAACUGUUCAUCAUUUAGGUUGGUUCUAUAACAUGUGUAAGCAUGAGCCAUGUCAUGAGCCCCAGAGAGACACAUCUAUAAAUAUGAUUAUAUUCUU